GCCAACAAAACACUCUUAAGAGCCUUUUAAAUUUCAAGUGUGCAAAGCAAAAACAUUCCACAAGAUAAGGUAACAAACACUCUUCCAUUCUCAACAUCAUGGAGAAAUAUCAGUAUCAACUGAUAUUGAAAAUAGUUUCACUGCUUUUAACAGUGAAAAUUGCAUUUGGAGAUUGGUGCAGUUCACAAGACUUGGAAGGUUUGAUUGGUUUCAAGAAUGGAAUUCAGCUGGAUACAUCUGGAAGAUUGGCAAAAUGGGUUGGUCAAAGAUGCUGUGAUUGGGAAGGCAUUGUAUGUGAUAAUGCAACAACAUCAGGAACAAGAAGAGUGACACAGAUUCAUCUUCCAGGGUUCAUUUCCACAGAUAAAGACUUGUUUCGAACCCAAAUGAUUGGUCACUUUUCACUUUCCAUCACACUCCUCACCUCACUUGAAAUCCUUGAUCUUGGAGGCUUAGUAGGCCUCAGUGGAACAAUUCCACAAACACUUGGCAUGCAUCUGCAAAAGCUCCAAAAGCUUUACCUUUAUGGAAACAACUUAACAGGCUCAAUUCCAGAAAGCUUUGGUGAGUUGCAAAACCUACAGGAACUUGCAAUUCAUGAAAAUAGGCUAUCUGGGUCAAUUCCUUUUAGCCUUGGAGCCCUAAGAAAACUGAAAAGUUUGCUGCUUUAUUCAAAUAAAAUCUCAGGUACAUUACCACUCUCACUUGGGAACUUGACAAAUUUGGUAGAAUUGGAUCUUCAUGAAAAUUCCAUCAAUGGUCACAUACCAAAUAGCAUUGGUCAGAUGCAGAAUCUUGAAAAGCUUGACCUUUCAAGCAAUUUGCUAAAUGGGAGAAUCCCUUCAUCAUUAUCCAAUUUAACUUCCAUUUCAGUUUUGUAUUUGGACACAAAUAAUCUUGAGGGAACAAUCCCAUUCCCUUCAAGAAAUGGUGGUGAAAAUAUGCAUUCUUUAGGGUUCUUGAGGCUCAAUGAUAACAAUCUAAGUGGAAAUUUACCUUUCAAUUUCGGUCAACUUGUUUCUCUUCAAAGGGUAUCAUUGUCAAACAACAAACUUGAAGGUGCAUUGCCUUCAAGUUUGGGGAAUUUGCAUCAUUUGACUGAGAUUUACCUAAGUGGAAACUUUUUCUCUGGCCAAAUACCAAAAUCAUUAGGCCAAAUUUCUCACCUCAUAAUGUUCAACAUUUCCAAAAACUUGAUUCAAGGGCCAUUGCCAAAAGAGAUGUCAAACCUUCAAAAUCUUCAAACAAUUGAUCUCUCUUUCAACCCUUUGAACCUCACUUCCAUCCCCGAAUGGCUUCCAAGUCUAUUGUCGCUCUCCGGUAUUUACCUUGCAGGCUGUGGAAUCCAAGGCCAAAUUCCAGAAGUUUUGAAUACAAUCAAAAGUCCAAUUCAGGAAUUGGACUUAUCAAUGAACUUUCUCAGUGGAAGCAUACCUUCAUGGAUAGGUUCCUUCAGCCAACUCUACUUACUGAACCUCUCAAGAAACUCACUUGAUUCAUUCAUCCCUCGGUCCAUUGCGAAAUUGCGCAAUCUUGCAAUUCUUGAUCUUAACUCAAAUAGGCUUACAGGAUCCAUAACUGAGGCAUUUGAAAUUGAACAAGAUUCCACUGGAGGAUCACUAACAUACCUUGAUCUUUCACAUAACAAUUUCUCUACUGGAGUUGAAGAAAUUGGUGUAGGAGGGCAAUUCAACAUUCAAUUUCUGAAUCUUUCUCACAACAAUCUGAAGGGUAUGUUGUCAAGUUCACUUGGGAGGCUCAAAUCCAUUCACAGUUUGGACUUGAGCUUCAACAAGUUAGCAUCAAAUUUGCCAGAGUUUCUUGCAAAUUUGACCACAUUGGAGAUACUUAGGCUGCAAAAGAAUCACUUUAGUGGCAACAUUCCUAAUGCAUUUCUCAAGCUUAGAAAGUUGAAGGAGUUGGAUCUAUCAGAUAAUGUUCUUGAAGGGGAAAUUCCAGAGGGUGAACCUCUGAUUAACUUCCCUGGUAGUUCUUAUUCUGGUAACAAAGGUUUGUGUGGAAAGCCUCUUGGUCCUUGUAAACUCUGAGGAUUCUUCUUCCCUCACAUGUCAUUGUAAGA